UAUGUAAAACAAUAAAUCUGCAACUGAAUACUUGGAUUCAAUAGGAUAAUAGCUAGAUUUCAUUGAUUAAUAUUAUAUCUAACAGGCAGAUCAAAAUGAUGCUUAAGUUAUAUAGAAAUUUAAAAAAGUCUACAAAUAUAUAGAUGAAGCGUACAAAGUAAGAUUACUUAUAUAAAUUACAGUCUAAUUUUAUAAAUGAUGAUGGUUUAUUUUCAGUUUAUGGAUUUUUCUUAUAAACAGUCAAGAAAUUCAAAAGAAAAUUGGAAAACAGAAUCUAUUAUGAUAAAACUGAUUAUGAAGCCACACUAGAAAAAUUUGAACGAACUUAAACUAAACUUGUACCUGUGUACAAAGACCUUAUUUUGGAGGCUUAAAAAUAAGAAAGAAUAGAUUUAGAAACUUUAUUAGAUUCUAAUAUGAUUCAUCAUAUUUAUACAAAAAAAGAAUUAGGAUAGUUUGCACUAUAAUUGUUUGAUUUCUUAAAUUUAGAUUAGAUUAAAGUACCUAAAGAGAUUUUAGGUGAUUUAAUAAAUGAAAUUGUCAUGAAUUAUAAUGUUGUACCUUAUCAUAAUUUUACUCAUGCCUUCCAAUUAUCAUAAUUAUUAUUUUCAUGCUAUAUGAAAUCAGAUUUGAAGAAAUUUUGUAAUUAACUUGAAAUAUUUUCUGCUAUUCUUGCUGGUUUGGGACAUGAUUUAAAUCAUAGUAAUAAAUCAAAUCAUAUUUAUUUUAGAGGGUGUUAACAAUAUGUAUAAGAUUAAAAAGUCAAAGAAAUUUAACAUUUUAACAUCAGAAAUUGCUGUCUUAGAAAAUAUGCAUUGUGCUACUUUCUUUAAUAUCAUUUAACUCAACAGAAAACAUGAUUUCUUUCAAUACAUGUCAAAUGAUGAGGAAAAAAAUUUAGCAAAAAGAUUGAUUAUUACAUCAAUUUUGGCAACAGAUAUGGUAUUUAUUAAUUUAUAUUCAAAAAUAGAGUAAACAUGCAAAACUUUUAGCAAAACUUUAAAAAAGAGUAGAAUGCACUAAAUAAUUUGAUUAAGGACAAAAAAAUGAUUUAAUAGAUAUGCAGAGAUUUUCUAAUGAUAGACUUGAAGAUAGAAUAUUUAUUCUUAAUAUUAUGGUUCAUGCUUGUGAUAUAUCAAAUCCAACAAUGAAAUUCAAUAAUUAUAUGAAUUGGUCCUAUUUAUUAACCUAAGAAUUUAAUGAUUAAGUAUUAUUACUCAUAUUAAUAUUUAGACAAUAAAAGAAGCUAAAAUUGGAGUAGAUGUGACUGGAUUUCUAAUUUAUAAAGACAAACCCACUUAUUAUGGAGGAUAAAUGUUUUUUUCAAGUAAUUAAUUAUAAUAUAAAAUAGAAUCUUUGGUUCUCCCAUUAUGGGUUUAAAUAGGUGAAUUAUAUCCAGAACUUAAAUAUUUGUCUGAAGAAAUCAAUAAGAAUUUGGAAAUUUUACAAUAAAAGUUAAAACAAUGA